AUGUCCGAGGCCGAGAGCAGGGUCCUGCAGCUGGCCACCAGAGGCGAGUGGAUCACCCUGGAGCAGACGCUGAAAGGGAUCGACAAAGGCCAUCUAGGAGCCUCCGAAAGCGACCCAGACGACCGCACAGCAUUACACGUCGCUGCAGAAAGUUCUAAAGAUGAGAUUGUCCGUCUACUGCUGGUGAAGAAAGCAGAACCAAACCUUCCUGGAGGGCUGAAGGAGCAGCUGCCUUUGCACUACACGGCCCAGCGACCCACCGGGGCUAUCAAUGUUAUUCAGACAUUGCUAAAAGCUUCUCACAAGGACGCCCGUCUCAUCCAGGACACGGAUGGCUGCAUCCCUCUGUUCCUGGCCAUAGAGGCUAGCAAUCUAGCGAUAUGUAAGGAACUGCUCUCAUCUCACACUGACGCCCAGCUGCAAGCUACAAGCAAGAAAUGUGGUGACUGCGCCCUUCAUACAUGUUGUAGAAAGCGAGACGUGGACCUGGCCAAACUCCUCGUGGAAUAUGGAGCCACAGUGGAAUGUCAGAAUGGGGAGGGUCAGACCCCUCUACACAUUGCCUGCUGGGAAGGUGAUGAGAUGAUUGUGAAGUUCCUCCAUCAAUGUAAAGCCAACCCUAACAUCACAGACCAGAUGGACAGGUCUCCCUUGCACAUUGCUGCAGAGAGAGGACACACCGCGAUUGUUGAACUCCUCACGGAGAAGUUUCGGGCCAAUGUUUUAGCAAGGACUAAGGAUGGCGACACCCUCAUGCACAUUGCCUCUCAGUGCGGACAUCCAGAAACUGCCCUGGCGUUCUUGAAAAAGGGCGUCUUGCUGCAUAUGCCCAAUAAGUCAGGAGCACUGUGCCUCCAUGCAGCAGCCAGAAGGGGGCACACUUCAGUGGUAAAGGCCCUGUUGCAAAAGGGGGCCCAAGUUGAUGCUAGAACCAAAGAGAACUACACUGCGCUUCACAUUGCUGUGGAAAACUGCAAACCACAGGUGGUCCAGACCUUAAUUGGCUUCGGAGCACAAGUACAACCAAAAGGAGGGAAGGACCAGGAGACUCCAUUACACAUUGCAGCGCGGAUAAAAGAUGGGCAAAAGGUGGCCGAGAUUCUGCUGAAGAGCGGAGCCGAUGUCAACAUGGAGCAGUCCGACGGUGAGACCGCAAUGCAUGUAGCUGCUCAACACGGGAACAUCAAGAUGAUCAGAGCCCUUUUGGAGGAGGGCGGGGAGGUGACAUGGCAGUCCAAGGCUAGAGAAAAUGCCCUGCACACGGCCGUCCGGCACUGUCACCUGACCAUUGUGGAAGUUAUACUCACCUAUCUGACCAGUGAGAGGAGCCGGGCUGACGCUGUGGCCUGUGUCAACCAACCCAACCAGGAAGGGGAGACUCCUCUACAUUUAGCAGCAGCCGUCGGUAAAGACAUUAUCCACUGUGAGGAUGAGGAUGUGAAGAUCAUCAGGCUCCUGUUGGAUCACGAUGCUGAUAUUUCCUCCACCACAUCACAGACAGGGGAGACUCCACUGCACUACUGCGCCAGGAUGGGGAAUGAAGAUCUCUUACUGGAGAUGAUUAAACAUAUAGGAUCUAACCGAAUGCAGCAGACGAUGAACAGACAGGAGAAGAAUGGAUGGUCGCCAUUGCUUCUGGCUGCGGAGAAAGGUCACAUUGCGAUUGUGAAAAUCCUGCUGCAGAAUCACGCCAGAGUGGAUGUGUUUGAUGAGCACGGAAAAGCAGCUUUACACCUGGCUUGUGAGAACGGCCAUGACAAGAUCGCAGAUGUCCUACUCUGGCACAAAGCCUUUGUGAAUGCAAAAACCAAGCUUGGUCUGACACCCCUUCACCUGUGCUCCCAAAAUGGCUUUAACCAUCUUGUGAAAUUACUUGUGGGAACCCACCUGGCCAGUAUCGACAUCAUGUCACUGACCAAGCGGACCCCUCUGCACCUGGCGGCCCUGAACGGACAAUUGGACGUGUGCAACAGUCUCCUGACUAUGAAGGCCGAUGUCUACGCAGCCGAUAUUGAAGGACAGACCCCUCUUCACCUCGCUGCCGAAAACGACCAUUCUGAGGUCGUCAAGCUGUUCCUGAAACAUCGACCUGAGCUGGUGACAUCGGCCAACGUGGACGGAUCAACGUGCGCCCAUAUAGCAGCCGCCAAGGGGAGUGUCGCCGUCAUCAAAGAGCUUCUCAAAUUUAAUAUACGUAGUGUGACCACAGCCCGAAAUAAGACCAAUGACUCCACACCCCUGCACCUGGCGGCAUCAGGGGGACAUGCGGAGGUGGUAAAAGUAUUGCUGGAAGCUGGAGCAUCUCCAUCAGACGAGGAUGCGGAAGGUAUGUCCACCAUCCAACUGGCAGCUAAGAACGGCCACAUCAAUGUCCUGGACGUGUUAAAGGGUAGCGUCUCAUUUCAUAUGACAAGCACUAAGACGGGAUUCACCGCUCUUCAUGUCGCAGCACAUUUUGGACAAGCGGAUUUUGUUCGAGAGAUUUUGAUGAAGGUUCAGGCCACAAUCCACAGUGAUCCUCCGAAAUCCACAGCUGACAGGGUGCUUGUGAAGGAACACGGGGGCGAGUCUGGUUACACACCCUUGCACCUGGCUUCUCAAUCCGGUCAUGAAAGUCUAGUGCGCCUGUUACUGAACUACCCAGGAGUCCAGGCAGAUGCAGCCACCAGGCAUCAGGGUUCGACUCCAAUACACCUUGCAGCUCAGAAUGGGCACACUGCUGUUGUUGGUCUCCUUCUCAGUAAGUCUACGUCUCAGCUGCAUGUGAAAGACAACAGAGGAAGGACGUGUCUCCACCUGGCAGCUGCCAAUGGUCACAUUGAGAUGAUGAGAGCCCUAAUUGGACAGGGAGCAGAGAUCAAUGUGACUGAUAAGAAUGGGUGGUCUCCUCUGCACUUCGCAGCCAAGUCUGGGUUUUUAGAAACCAUUCGCUUCCUUGUGGAAUGUGGUGCCAACCCCACAUUAGAGUGCAAUGAUGGGAAGACUGCAAUCCAGUACGCUGCAGGUGACAACCACCAAGAUGUGGUGAGCUUCUUGCUGAAGAGAAGCCAUAACACCCUCAAACUAACUGAGGACAGGAAGUUUGUUUUUGACUUAAUGGUUUGUGGAAAGCUGAACAACAACAGAAUUAUCGAGGAAUACAUCCUGAAUUCUGCCGCUCCCCUGGACACCGCCGUUAAACUUUCCAGAGCGUUUAACAUCACUGCCCUAAAAGAGAAAGAGAGGGCAGUGGACCUACUCAAUGCUGCAAAGUACACCGAAACCAUGGCCACCGAACUCUUGACGUUGGCAUCUGGUAGUAAAAAUGCAGGAUACAUCCUCAGGGCUACAGACCACCGUGGCACCACCAUACUGGACUGUUUAAUUGAGUGUGAGCAGAAAGAUGUUGUUGCCCACCCAGCUGUUCAGAAAUACUUGACUGAAGUCUGGUAUGGAAACCUGGACUGGACUGCCUGGAAGCUGGUUCUUCUCUUCUUCACAUUUUUAGCUUGCCCUCCGGUUUGGUUUGUGUUCUCUCUACCUCUUAAGCAUAGAUUUAACAAAAUCCCCAUCAUGAAGUUCAUGAGUUACUUGGCGUCACACAUAUUCCUGCUGGUACUUUUCAUCCUCACCAUCGUCUACCCCCCUUUGAGUCCAAUUUAUGAAGGACGCAUGAUCCCAUCAUGGAAUGAGUGGUUGCUGCUUGCAUGGUUGUCUGGAAUGCUGGUUUCAGAGCUUACCCACCAAGGUGAGAGGGCCGGCUUGGCCUGGAUUCGAGUAUUUGUCCUGGGAUUUUCUGCCGUCGCCUUCUUUUGCCACCUACUUGCAUUCUUGUUUACAGAAAUUGAUCGUCUACACUGCCUAUUUGCCAGGAACAUCUUUCUUGGCAUUGCCAUGACUCUCUCAUUCUUCCAGUUCUUGGAGUUCCUCACAUUCCACCACCUCUUUGGACCAUGGGCGAUCAUCAUCAGAGAUUUGAUCAAAGACCUCACCAGGUUUGCAGUGAUUCUUGCUUUGUUUCAUGUGGCCUUCACAAUGCAACUCUCUGCGGUCUAUCAGCCGGUAUAUCCAGAAUCCAAAGCCAAUCAGUCAAUUGAUGGAACUGGGGUCAACAGAAAUGAGACCAAUAUUCAGGAUCCCAUAGACAUCACUGUCCUCUUAUUCUUCUCUUUGUUUGGCCUAGUGGAACCUGAUUGUCUUCCAUCGUUGAGCAGGACGCCUCAGUUUACCCUCGUCAUCAUCCGCUUUGUGUUUGGAGUUUACCUGGUGGUCACUUUAAUCGUUCUGAUCAAUCUAUUGAUCGCCAUGAUGAGUGACACCUACCAACGCAUACAAGCACAGUCAGACACAGAAUGGAAAUACGGAAGAGCCACUUUAAUAAGAGAUAUGACUAGGAAACCUGGGACGCCUUCUCCUUUCAACCUCUUCACCAACCUGUUUUACUACAUCAAACUACUAUGCAAAUAUAAAGGGAAGAUGUGUUCUUCCAACGCCAGGACGUUGAUGAAUGAGGAGGAUACAGACGGCUUCUCCGACACUCGCUCCAUUGAUUUACUAGCCCACUCAUCAUUUGGGUGGCUACGAACCACUGCCAAGAGGACCGUGCAGGUGUCACCAGAAGGUGGGAUACAUAGAAACCAUCCAUUCGCCGGCCCUGUACAUGUGGAUGAGGUUAUAGACUGGCACGAUGUUGUGGUACGAUUCAUGUCUCUGAAAGGACAGAGGGACAGAGUCAGAAAUCCUGAGAGAGCCAUCAUCCCUCACAUCAUGGAGGCCGACAAGAAACCACUGCCUGAAAGGGAGACGGGGACAAAGCAACAGAAUGGACACCUAACUUCUAGUCGGUAGCUAGCUCAAAGCCCCCCUUCAUGUUUCCUACACAUGGGAUAGACCCCCCCCCCCCUCCCGAAGACCCAACACCAGAUCCAUAAGGCACAAGCUCAUCAGCUCGCUAACUUGAAGAAAGAGUGGAAAAGAUACUGUAAGUGACUGCUAAAUAUAUGUGACACCACUUAUCUCCGGGCAAACUCUAUUAUUGGGCUGAUCGAAUGUAACUGAGUAGCCCAGCUAGACAGACGUCUGGUAGCCCAUACAGAUAUAGCCCAAAGUUGUUGAGCUUAAAGGGGGCUUCAGGUUUACUAUAAAAAAUGAUCUGCAAUUUUUUCAUUUACAUUUACAGUUCCGGGUAUUUUCACACCUCCAUCUGUUCUCUCCAGCCGCCCAUUCCAGCAUAGAAUGUGAAGAUUCAGCCAGACAAAAGACGUUGCAUG